AAAAAGUUGGCGAUUUCAGCUACACGCCCAGGAGACGUGCUCGUGAAAACUCAGGUGUGUUGAGACGCACGGUCAAUUAAAAAAAAAAAAAAAGAAGUUAUGUUUGCUUUUUAAGUGGGCCUAGUUAACUACUGCGAGCACGUGACAGAGAUGUGUGAUCCUACAGUCCACGGAUCACGGAUACAACCAUUUUAAAAUAUUAGAUCUAGAGGCUCAACGACACUGAUACUGUCAUGGUAAGUUUUUGAAUGGGUCUGAUUGAGGUUGGAUGAAAGAUUGUUGCGAGCUUGUGACAGAAAUGUGUGAUCCUACAGUCCAUGGAUACAACGUUUUUAUAUUGUUAGAUCUAGAGUCCCAAGAACACUGCUAUGUCGUGGCAAGAUUUUGAAUUGAUCUGAUUGAGGUUGGAUGAACGAUUUUCUUCAGAUAGUAAUUUAUCAAUAAAUGAAGGAAGCGUUCAAGCUGCGUGAAGGAAAAAGCAGAACAACGCACGUGUAAGCAUUUAAUAUUUUCUUACAGUGAUUAGUCAAAUAUGAUCAAAGAUUAAUGUUACAGAUACGUUAAAAAGCGACAGGUUCGUAUGCGGUAGACACCAACGAUGUUUUAAGUUAGGGGUCAAAGAAGGUUGGCAUUGCUUCGGAUCACCUUCAUUAUGGCCACAGAUAACUUAAAUCUGUUUAAACAGAUUUUACUCUUGUUGUUUUGUUAAAUUCAGUUAAUUGUGUGUGUUUGUCUCGUCUCUUUCGCUGUCGCUCUAGUGACUAAGAGUCUAGUCUAUCACUGUUUGUUGCCUUGUCUGUGUCUCUCCCUGUCAGCCUAUCUCAGUUAGAGUGUAUGUCUCUCUCCCGGUCACUCUAACUCUGUGUCUGACUCCCCAUGAACACUCUAUCCUCGAGUGUCUGUCUUGCUAUCUCGGUUUGUUACUCUUUACGGAUUUUACUCAUACAGUUACAGCUACUGCUAGAACUAGAGAAAAAAAACUAAUAUUAGGCCAAAAUUGUAAGAAGCACACCAGGAACUUAGAAAGUAUGAUUUUAAAUUUGAUUUUCGCGUUAAAUUAUUAAUAAUAUAUUUUUUAAUGAUAGUUCUAGGCAUGAUCCAUAUUCUUAUAUUUUUAGUGUUAACAAAAAUGAUUUCACUAAGGCGGGGGUCAUUCUUAAAUUACGUCACGCUAAAAAUGACCUUUUUAGACACCCCCUCCCCUGUCACGAAAUGUCACUAAUUCUCCCCCCCCCCCGUGUCACAUCACCUAAAAAAAUUAAAAACAUACAUACAAUUUUCAUAACUAAAUUAAGAUAUUAUUUUAUUCUUCAACAUUUUCCCAUAAAAAAUGAACUUUUUAAACCCCCCCCCCCCCGUCACGAAAUGUCACUAAUUCCCCCCCCCCCCCCGUGUCACAUCACCUAAAAAAAUUAAAAACAUACAUACAAUUUUCAUAACUAAAUUAAGAUAUUAUUUUAUUCUUCAACAUUUUCCCAUAAUGCAGCGGUUCUAAACCUGUGGGUCGCGACCCCUUUAUGGGUCAAACGAUUCGUUUAAAGGGGUCACCUAAGACAAUCGGCAAGUGCAUAUCCUCUACAGUUAUAAAAUACCGACGAAAAUAAUUUUAUGGUUGGGGGUCGCCACAAAAUUAGGAACUGCAUUAAAGGGUUGCGGCAUUAGGAAGGUUGAGAACCACUGCCAUAAUGAUUUAGAUGUAGUAUUAUUAGAAAACUGAGUUUCAUGGUACCUAUAUUAUAAUACAUGAGGCAAUUUUGACAUCAAAUUAAUGUUUUAAAAAUUAAUUAAAUUAUGAUUUUUUUUUCAGAAUUGGAAACUUUUAGAGGUAAAAAAAAAAAAAAGCGACGUCACAAUUUUUGACCACCCCCCCCCUCCUUUCCCCCGUCACAAAGUGUCGCAUAUUCUCGACCCAUCCCGUCUGAGCGUGACGUAAUUUGCCAAUGACCCUUAAAUGUGAAUAUUUACUUAUAAAAUAGUUUUAAAUAGAUAUUUAUCAAUGAUAAAACCUUGAUAAAUUACUACAAGGGAAAAACGGCAGAGUCCAUUUUGACCUCACUCUCUACUAUAAUGAAAUAAAUCAUGAUACAUUCAAGUUUGAGCUACUUUAUCUAUAUAAUAACUCAGAGAAAUGGACACUCUUGGGAAAUGCAUUUUAAAAAUUACAUUUUGUUUACACAUUUUUAAUGUACAUGGUUUUGAACUUUAAAAAUCGAAUAUCUCUAAACAACAAAAAUGUGACCCCUGCCGUUUUUUCCCUUGUGCACAUGGUCUUCAUAUGUCAUAUCCAUUCGCCACAGUGGGGGCCAAACCAAAGAGAACCAUAAUUUGUCAUAUCCAUUCGCCACAGUGGGGGCCAAACCAAAGAGAACCAUUUGUCAUAUCCAUUCGCCACAAUGGGGGCCAAACCAAAGAGAACCAUAAUUUGUCAUAUCCAUUCGCCACAGUGGGGGCCAAACCAAAGAGAACCAUAAUUCGUCAUAUCCAUUCGCCACAGUGGGGGCCAAACCAAAGAGAACCAUAAUUCGUCAUAUCCAUUCGCCACAGUGGGGGCCAAACCAAAGAGAACCAUAAUUUGUCAUAUCCAUUCGCCACAGUGGGGGCCAAACCAAAGAGAACCAUUUGUCAUAUCCAUUCGCCACAGUGGGGGCCAAAUCAAAGAGAACCAUAUGUCAUAUCCAUUCGCCACAGUGGGGGCCAAACCAAAGAGAACCAUAAUUUGUCAUAUCCAUUCGCCACAGCGGGGGCCAAACCAAAGAGAACCAUUUGUCAUUUUCAUUCGCCGCAUUGGUGGGUUAAACCAAAAAGAACCCAAUGUCAUAUUAUCCAUUCACCACAUUGGGGAGUCAAACCAAAAAGAACCCAAUGUCAUAUUAUCCGUUCACCACAUUGGGGACUCAAACCAAAAAUAACCCAAUGUCAUAUCCAUUCGCUACAGUGGGGGCCUAACAAAGUAGAACCCAGUGUCAUAUCCAUUCGCCACAGUGGGGUCAAACCAAACAGAACCCAAUGUCAUACCCAUACGCCACAUGGCAGGUAAUGGUAAUUUGAAGUUAAGUGGCAGUACUCGUAUUUUAUUCUAAGAAUAGUACUUUGAUUUUGUUGGAUAAAUUUAUGUACCUUGAUUCGUCCAGGGCCUGCCAUGUCAAGACGGCCAUGUUUAAGUUCCAUUUUAAUAGGUUUUUUUUUUUUAGAAAACUUUCUAAAUAGAAAACUUUACUUUCUUUUUAUUUCUUUAGUAUACGUCUGGAGAUCACACGAUAGAAGACAAGGCGUAUGAAAUCAUUUGAAAUGGCUGAAGACCAGAGGCCCGCAAUCGCCCGGGAACUGGCAGACUUCAAGAAGCAGGCGUGGAAGGAAUACGACAUGCUGUACGCCGAGAUGGAGUUCACUUCCGAGAGAGCGGCCAUGAUGCACCAGCACGAGGCCUCGAGACAUGACCAGAAAAGUUUUUAUGUCGAGAGCGCUGCAGAGGUUCGCUUUUAACGUCAUGUGAUUUACUCUGCCGUAUCCAGUGGCAUAAUAAACUUUAUUAAUGGGAAAACAUUUUUUUGUAACCAGGCAAGGUUGAAUGAAGAAACCUCGAUUUUUAUAACCCCAAAAUAUGUUGUUGACUUAUUAAAAGUACGAAAUCUUUUCUAUCAUUCGUUAGUGAUUUAUUAUUAUUUUUUUUUUUUUUCACCGGUAAGAAUCCAAAAGCUCAAUAGUUUCAGUAUUCCACUUACAAUAUUGUCUCUGGAACAAUUUCCGGAAAUCGAUCUUCACUUAUGGGGACAGCCCUAUGAUGUUCUUCAGUUUCUCUACAUCUGUAGAUUCUCGUCAUAUACAUUAAUUAACCACUCAUCUGACCAGGUAAUGGGGGUCAGCUCUGUGGCCAGUCUGGGGAUCGGUCUCGUCAGGAAGGCCAACCUGCUGGGCAGCCGUUUGGGAGUGGCUGGUUUAAUUGGCCUCCCAUUGGCCGUUGUGCUCGAGUUUGCCGGGAAAGGGAGGAGCAGGACGCUGCCGACGCUCUACGACAAGGCGGACAGGCACAAGAAGGCCGCGGCGGGUUGGCAGCGGUUGGCGAGACUGACGCAGUCUUACAGGUUUGUUAGCACAAUCUCCCCUCCCCCCCCCAACCUGUUAAUCUACCCAUUCCUAAAAGCAAUUUUUUAUGUUAAAUUUUAUUGACAACCCCGGUCGAAAUCAAUUAAAAAUAAUUUAGAUACAAAUUUAAAAUAAACCUAUCGGGUAAAAGAUUUCACUUCUAUUACGACUAUGACACCACAAACUGGGUCCAUAACACCUUUUUUUUUCCCCACUGGAAAUAGCUUUCAAGAGAGAUAAUAAAACUCAAGGUUCUUGAAUCUAGAAAUAUGAAUAAAGUAAACGUUUAUCAGUUGCACUCGUCUCAGCGGACGUGCACUUUAUAAUAUGGCGACUGUACAAUGGGAUAACGCUGCAGGUUAUCGGCCUUAACAUUCCACAUUUUGUUGCUGUUGAUUACCCGAUUUUCUAUUUGUUUAACCUUUGUCCAUAAACCUAUUUUUUAAAAAACCGUCUUUUAAGAAUUCUAAUAGAUGAUCCCCGCUAUGACGCCGUGCAGUACGCGGAGUGGUACAAGGAACUAGUCCAGGCCCAGGAGGAGAUCAGCAACAUCGUCGGCGUCCCCGAAUCCACGGUGAGACUAUUCGACGACCCCAAAGAGGUGGUGCAGCCCCUCCGACAAAAUAAACUCCUCUUUCAGAGGUACCUGGACAUGCAGAGUGGCAAGGAGGAGAUUGUGAACGGGGAUGGUUGAUAACAAAAGUGGUAGGGAGGAGGGGAACAUUUUAAUAAUGUCAGUUUUGUGGAGGAGGGCAGUUGACAUUAACCACAGUUGACAUGAACUGGCAGCUUAUUAUUAUAUUGUUAUGACAGUGUAUAUGAAGGCAGAGGAUAUUUUACGACCUGUAUGAGAAGUGGGCAUAUGAAAUUUUGUAUGACCUGUAUGAGACCUUGAGAAGUUGGCAUCUGAUAUUUGUAUGACAUGUAUGAGAACUUGAGAAGUUGACAUCUGAUAUUUGUAUGACAUGUAUGAGAACUUGAGAAGUGGGCAUCUGAUAUUUGAAUGAGAAGCGGUCAACUUGUAAUGUAAAUUGAUUACAGUUUUCCCAAACUAUUGUUGUCGAAAUAGUUGCCAUGACGAAAUUGCUAAUAUUCAGAGUUUCCACCUUUUUGUAAAAACGUUUGGUGCUAAGUACUAAGAGGCGUUCUGGUGUUAACUACAAUACACCAGAUUAAGCUAACUACACUGCUCAGAGAAUGAAAUCAUACAGAGUAUAAGCAUCCAGUGAAUUUCAGAUGCUAGUAUUUGCUGAUUACAUAUGCAUGUGAUAUGUUAGUCUUUAUUUACUUAAAUGACCGUCUUAUUUUUCUAAUUUCGUAAAUGACUUAGUUAUGUAAAUAUAUAUUUGACGUUAUAAGCAGAUGAACAGUGACUUGAGUCCUCACACGACAUGUUACAUAUCUUAAAAUAUAUGUUCAGCCACUUGUGACAAAUAUGUGAUACUUCAUCGAUAUUAUUUUAGCUAUAAUACUUCACCCAUUUCCCUUCAUAUAUAUUAGUUUACUUAACAAAACUUUAGUAAUGCAUUUUUUUGUCUUUUCGUUUUCAUGCUUUUUUGGUGGGGUUUUUGUUGUUGUAAUAUUCAAUAUUUUUCUGGUUGUGUUAAAAUAACAAUGACCACCAAAAUAGUAUUGUAAUUCACAGGCUUAGGAUUAACCCAUUAUCAGAUGACAUCCCUUGCCCGGUGAGAACCACAAAAUAAUCAUUAAAAUGCUUUAAAUUCUUUAGCAUUGAAGGGGCCUAAUAUGAAGAUCAUGCAUUACCUAGAAUAACUGAUAUUGUCAUUUAGUUUUGACUUGAUAUUUUCAUGUCUUACUUGUCAGAGCAGUAACGUAAAGUGUGUGGAAAUUAAACGUUUGGAAAGUUUAUCCCCUCCUGUUCAGCAAUUAUUCUUAA